GCUCCUUUUUUUCCUUUCACUGGCUUUGUGGUGUUUUUGUCGUCUGUCUGGGUGUGCGAAUGUGAGUAUCGCCAGAUAAGCGAUGUCAACCGAAGCAAUCUUCACAUAAAGAGCCGACCGCAUCCACCUCUGCUUAAAAAGAGAAUAGACCCGGAUGAAGAUCAGGCUCUAGAAUGACAGGAAGCAGACUACUGAGUGUAGACACUCCCGCGAAAGAAGAGGAGUUGCGAGGAUAGGUCUUCCUUCUGCGAUUCCCGCGCGAGAACAAGAUGAGAGGUGUUUCUUACGGUUCUUACUGUGAAAAUGGCUUCAACCGGCCUGAUAUAGGAGGGUCAAGGGGCGAGCGAACGAGCGAGCAGCGAAACUGUUGCAGGGAGUGGAAAGCGUUGAGAAUCGAGAGCGUUGGAGUGAGGUCGAUGGAUUUGAGGAAAGUGGGAGGCAACAGGAGGGAAAGGGAGAGCAAUCAAGCAGGCUUAAAAAAAGAAAGCGAAGCGAAAGGAGACAGCAAGUAUGAGACGAAAAUGCACUUUUAUAUGUGCAUAAAACAUGCAACAGGGGAAGGGAGACAUGUAUACAUACAACAAACAUGCGAUGCAGAGGACAGAAAAGGUUCACGAAGUGUAUCAGGUGUUAUGGCGCUGGGCGGAAUAUUAUGGAUGAACUGCAGCAAGAGCUUUGUCGCCUCCUCUUUCCAGUCUAAAGCACCGAUCCUGCUCCGUCUUUGGAGACCCUUCCUCCAGUAGUCGGUGGUACUUGCGAUACGGCAUGGCCAGGGGAAGAUAAAGAUCGCGUUUGCAGGGUGUUUGUGUCAGAUGGGUGGUAUACUCCAGUUGUGGAUUGAGGAGCAAGAGGAGCGAGUAA